UUCCCUCUCAGCAACUCUGGCUGUUUCUUCUUGUGGGUUCCCAGCCUUCAAUUUAUUUCUGUCCCCUUCCUUUGCCUCUGAUCUGAGUGUCCCUUUGGAAUCAUGUUCCAUUUUUCUGACUCCCCCCAAACUACUCUAGAAGGGAACCUAUCCCUGUCCAUUCUUUUUGCCUCUUCCUUGCACUCCUGGACACUGACACUGACUUAGCUUUCUGAGGGUGAUUCUGGGUGCUGAGCCGGAUAAGGACACCCAGGCUGCGAGGGCUGAGCAAGCUGCCCAAGGCCACUCAGCCAGCUGGUAGCCGAGCUGGGCUGUGAACCCACCUGUGUCUUGAUUCAAACUGCAUCUUCUUCACAGGAAGAUUCGGCGGCUCAGGACCUGAGCAGGAGAAAGGGAGACCUUUGGAGCAACAAAACAGAGAGUACUGGAACUCUAGAGCAACUGUAGCUGCCAGGCACCAUCCUGUGCAAAGACAUGUGGCUGUACCUGGCAGCCCUCGUGGGCCUGUACUACCUCGUGCGCUGGCACCGGGAGAGGCAGGUGGUGAGCCACCUCCAAGACAAGUACGUCUUCAUCACGGGCUGCGGCUCGGGCUUCGGGAACCUGCUGGCCAGACAGCUGGACAUGCGGGGCAUGAGGGUGCUGGCUGCGUGUAGGACAGAGAAGGCGGCCGUGCAGCUGAAAGCCCAGACGUCAGACAGGCUGGAGACUGUGACUCUGGAUGUCACCAAGACAGACAGCAUCACUGCAGCCACCCAGUGGGUGAAGGAACGUGUUGGAGACAGAGGACUCUGGGGCCUGGUGAAUAACGCUGGCAUCUCCUUGCCCUUCGGCCGCAUUGAGUGGCUGACCAAAGAAGACUUCAUGACCAUACUAGACGUGAAUUUGCUGGGGAUGAUCGAGGUGACUCUGAGCCUGCUGCCCUUAGUGAGGAAGGCGAGGGGCCGUGUGGUCAACGUCUCCAGCAUCGCGGGUAGAAUGGCUGUUACAGGUGGCGGCUACAGCAUCUCCAAGUUCGGUGUAGAGGCCUUCUCGGACUCCCUCAGGAGGGAGCUUGCCCCCUUUGGGGUGAAGGUGGCUAUAAUUGAGCCUGGUGCCUUCAAGACUAACAUGAACAACACCGAGAGGAUUUUGCUGAAUGUACAGGCGGUGUGGGACCGGGCCCGACCUGAGAUCAAGGAGAUCUAUGGCGAGAAGUAUCUGGCAUCCUACCUGAAACUACUAUCCAAAUCGCUUAGGAAAGCAUGCAAGGAGAAUCUGUCAGAGGUGACAGACUGCAUGGAGCAUGCGCUGACUGCCUGCCACCCUCGCACACGCUACUCAGCUGGCUGGGACGCCAAGCUCUUCUACCUCCCCAUGAGCUACAUGCCCACCUUCCUAGGGGACGCCAUCCUCACCUGGGUAGGCCCGGUGAGCCUACCAAGGCCAGCCAAAGACCUAUGAAGUGUGGACUAUGGAAUUUGUUUGGGUGGGGUUGGAUGCUGUGUGAGAGGGGAGGUGAGCUGGAGUGAGAAAUAGGGUUGAAGGAUGGAGCUGUCAUGUCAUCAGCUCACCUGUCCUACCUGCAUCCUCCCCUCCUGGCCAUGGUUGUCCUGGGAUUUCAUCCAAUAACCCAGAAAUGUUAGUAGGAAAGUGCCAAGUUAUGCAGCUGAGAAACAAGAAUCCAAUAACACUCCUGGUUGUCUUGUUGCCUUGGGUGGCCACUCAAGGUUCUGAUGUUCUUGGGACAAUGGUGGGGCACAAUUGGGGAGGUUUCAGCUGAUGGACGGAGGUUUAGCUCACACCUUCUUGGCCUGCUGCCCAACUCCUCAGGGUGUGCUUCAGUCUGGUCAGUCUACACCCUCCCACAGGGUAGAAAUCGCUUGGAGGUGGUUAGGGACCUUUCCUGACUCUGAAGAUACCCAUGUACAUGGGGUGGGGACGGGGAGAAAACCAUGAACCUGGCUCAUCAUCCUCAGGUGUCAACUUACCAAGCAUUGGUGGGAAGGUGCUCUUAAUAGGGGUCUUUCCAGAAGACACAUAAUCAGUGUUUCUUGUGACUUGAACCCAUGGAGUCCCUUUCAUUAUGCUGCCCUAGAAACACUAGAUAAGUUCAGCCAAGCUCAGGAAUUUUAUUUAAUUUUUUUCUGUUACUACCCAAAUUCUUAGUAGUGGGAUUUUAAUCUCUUUGAAAGCUACCCUUGGAUUUUAGACAUACUGGAUGAAAUCCCUGUCUGAGUCUGGGUUUCCUCAUCUGCCUCAGCACCCCGAAUUCAGUCCUCAGAAAUCUCAGUCUCUGACAGUCCCUCACACUCCAGGGAUCAGGAAAGGUGGCCAAGAUCCCCUCCUGAUGCAGUAUUUGUCUGCAAAGAAGGAGGACGUGAUCACAAAGGGGGAGUCAGAAACAGGGGCCAGGAAAGGAGACAAGACAGAGAGUUAUGGCUAGAAAACUGCCAGAAGGAAACUUCCAGGGUUGCUGGGAAGGUGGAAUGAAAUGAGUACACAAAGCAGAUGUAAUAGCUCUUACACUUCUAUGCCCUGAAGAUACUCUUCCCUUAGCUGUGGAUGGCAUCAGGGAGUGGGAUGCAGACCUAUGGGAACAAGAAGCUGGUGCCGUCACGGAAGUCAGGGGAUGAGAGGGAUGACCCGGGGAAGGUUUGAAGAGAACAGAUGGAUUCUAAGCCCUUCCUGCCAUGCAGGACAGUGUUAAUGUUUCCCUAUGAGACGGUUUCUCUAGUGCUGGAGUCAGGAAUAGACAGAAGGAUAGGCAAGCCAGAGGAUGGCAAUAAGGACUGGCAGGCCCAAUCUCUUCCCCGGGGCAACUGGGCCACUCCACCUCAGCAGCACCUGCUCUGUGUCCCCCAGGGAUCGACCCUCACCUACAGGGACUGCCCUGAUCUAAUUGCCCACCCUCGGAUCCCCAAUUCAACAUCUCUGACAUGGACCUCUACGGUGACAUAGAGUGAGUGUCACCUUUGGACCCCUGUCUCUCAUUUUCUCCUCAUUUAUGCUGAGCGCCUCUCAUGUCCUGGGCAAAUGCCCAGGAAUUCCCUGGGCUUCCUCAGAUCCAGCUCUGAGUCUUCAGUGUUCUGGGGUUGCUGAGAGUGUGGUCUCAACAGAGAAAGCACUUGCAGAAGGGGACACAGAUUCCAGGGAAAAGGUCCUUUUGUAGCUGGGAGGCACCUGCCUAAGUCUUGGUUUUCUUCCCUCAGUGUAAUAGCUGAGGACAGGGAGCCUUCAGGGGACCUUGUGCUGUUGAGCAGAUCCGUGUUGGGUGUGAAAACAGCAAGUGAGCUCAGAUUCAUGGAAAACUUGAAUUGGGCAUUGGUGUGGAGCACGUCAGUGCUGAAGCCGUGAAGAUGGCCAGGGAGGGUCGUCCUGGAGGACCAAGGCCCUGAAAGCUGUAGGGUCAGGCCACUGAGUGUCCUUCCAUGCUGCCCCACUAAAAGCUAGCCAACAGUUUCAUAUGCAAUCUGAAGACAACAGCUUCUUUUUUAAUGUUAAUAAUUCUUUCUGUGUAAAUAGACAUUGACACACACAACACACACACAUACACAUACGCACACCAGGAAACCAAACUGAAAUGAAAUAAGAGGCUGGGAUUCACUUGACAGCUCACUGGGGAGUUGUUUAGGAGGCUGGACUCACUCCCAGGAGUGCUCUGCAGAGAGUGGGAGAGCUGUGAGGGUGGACACCCCUGGCCCUGCGAGGCUCCACUGGGAGGUGCAAAGACCCUGAGACUGGAACCCUGGCCUACCUCACGGACUGUUAGCAAUGGGGCCACCAUUUUCAUCAGAGAACAAACAUGGCCAUUAAUAAUGUGUAAAGUAAAGCAGUGCACGUCUGCACACCUACUCCAAGCCGUCAGUAGAACCUCCCCUAGUCUUCCACAAUGGCAUCUUUUCUUAGGGACGAAGCAGGUCACCUGCCUUGGAGCUGUGAGGGACUGGGCCCAAUCCCACAGAGUGCCGGGUGCCACAGAAGCUGCCUUCACUGCUCCUUGCUGCCCUGGUCCUCUCUGAGGAGCACCAGGCCAUUCAGUCCCGACCGGAAUCUGUCAUCCCCACCAACCUCCUGAUCUCCAUUGCCUGCAGGGCAUGUGGCCCUUCCUUUCUAUGUCCCCACUGGAGCCUUAGACAGGCUGCAGCUGCAGGGCUUGACCCAGGUGGCCAUGAGCCUCCACGUCCUGUCUUUCCCAGCGUUGCUUUCUCUUUCCUACAGCUCGUCCUCUUCAGGAGGCCCAUCCUAGAUGGAGAAGGGGCAGAGGGCAGAGUGCUCCUGAAGCUGGAGACAGUGGUCUCCAGGAGGCUGAGCUGGGCUCCCCUGGGGGACUGAUCCCAGCAGGAGUCCACAUGCAGAGACUGCAGGGCGCCACCAGGUGGCGCAAGUCCACCAGGGCAGGCGGGAGCCCAGAGGUGUGGCCCCAGAGUGUGUCCAACCUCCUCUCCCAGCAGUGCUGAGGUUGUCAUUGUCACGGGGCUUGUGAAGGGGGCUCAGUGAUAGGACUCUGGGAGCGUGAGUCUCCACACUAUCCGAGGUUCCGAAUGAUUUCCCCUUCUGCCCAUGAGUACAGAGGAUGCAGUGUCCCUCCCACUGACUGCCCCCUGGGGACUCCUCCGAUUGCUGCUGACUCUGCAGUGGACUGGGAAGCUCCUGCCACCCCAGCAAAGGGUGACACUGCCGUCAGCAUGAGCAAGGGUCAGCAGUAGUUGUGAGGACAGGGAAAUGUGUUUAUCCGCGGCCAUUGAGAUUUCAUGGUUGAAAGAGUUCCAAGUCCCAGAGAAGAGCUGUGGAGUGUGAUCCCGCAGAGGACAGCCCAGAGCAGGAGGGCAGAGGGCAGUGUACUCACCACCCAGGGCUGGGCAAAGUGCGUCUGCAAGAGGUAAACAGUAAACUGUGACACCUGCA